CGCAGAACUGACAGAUAACAAUGAAAAUUUCCGAACGAAAAUUCAAUCAGAAAGGGCUAAAAAAAAAAAAAAAAAAACCCUAAUCGAUACAGUCGUGGCAUCUGAAGAACCUGUCCCUCAAUCUUCACUUUUCCUUCAAGAAACCCAAAUUCCACCACACAAAACCCAGUUUUCCUUUUUUGUUUUAGUUUUUAUUUAAAAUAUCUGUAAAAACUAAACUGAGUUCAUCUAUUUUUAGAAGAUUUCAAGCAUCCUCUGGGUUUUUUCUUCCAUGAGAUGAAGUGUGCAAAAAAUCAUCUGCAUGCUAAAUCCAUAACCAUAGCAGAUGGAAGGCGAUGAGAACACCACCCAAAAGGAUUACUACAAAAUUUUGGAGGUUGAUUAUGAUGCAACAGAUGAGAAGAUAAGAUUAAACUACCUAAAGCUUGCGCUGAAGUGGCAUCCUGAUAAACACCAGGGUGAUAGUGCUGUUACUGCAAAAUUUCAAGAGAUCAAUGAAGCUUACAAAGUGUUGAGUGAUCCGGCUAAACGCUCUGAUUAUGAUUUAAAUGGAAUAUAUGAGAUUGAUAAGUACACUUUGCGGGAAUAUCUUGCCAGAUUUAAAGGAAUGAUACUUACCUGCAAUGGGCUUGGUAUAAGUCAUACUUCAAUAUGGACACAGCAACUGACUGACACCAAUGAAUUUGCAGAAAAAUAAGCUGAGAUGCAUGCUAUGAUGAUUCAAUCAGAGUUAGAGAUACGAACGAUGUUGCAAGAGCAGCAUAGAAACAAACUCUUUCUGAAUCUGAAGAUGGAGGUGUGUCUGUAUUAAUAUGUUGAUGAAUAUAAAUGUGAACCCAAAUGGUUGACAUAUAGGACAAUUACUUUGAGAAGGAAGUGAAUCUUCUCAUUUUGUGUGGAAGAUACUCAGAAUCAGAUACUGCAUAGGUUGAGAUAAACUAUGCGGCAAUCACAACUCUUGAUCUUGUUUCUUUGUAUCAUUUAUUUUAUAUUAAGACCAAAUAUUUGGUUA